AUAGGAUAAAAUUAAUUUAAGAAAAUAAAGCAUCCCAAGUGCUAUCAGUAAGAUUGUUUGUAUGUUAUGUUCAAUCAACUUCUAAGAAAUGCUACAAAAGAUUCCAAGGAACCCCAAUAUUCAAUGACUACCUCAUGGGGGUCUUUUCAGUCAGUCUCAAAAAGUUGUACGACAAGUAUGGUCACACUGACGCCCAUAAGAUCAAGAUUGUGAACUCGGUGAACAUGAGAGGACUGCCUAAAGACAUCAAGGAUGUAAAUCUUUAGAAUAGAAUUCUUACGUUAGCUUUAUUUUAUUAAUUACUAAUUGAUUGAGUUCUAAUUACCAACCAAUCACUACUUCAAAGCGACCAUGAGAAAGCCAAGACCAAUUUCCACAAAA